AUGGAGGUUGAGGGGCUGAAGACAGAGGCCAUCUUGGCCUUUGGAAAAUCAGUGGGAAGUGCCAGCAGGUACCUUAUUGGAACUGAGGAAACAGUAAUCAAACCAGUCAACCAAGACAUACAGCAAGGAAAUGAAUCCUCCACUACUGAUUUCAUUCUCCUGGGCCUCUUCUCAGACUCCAGUCAUCCUGGCCUUCUCAUCACAAUCUUCCUCCUCAUUCUUGGGGUAGCCAUCACUGGAAACUCAGUUUUGGCCCUACUGAUCUGGAGUGAUGCCCACCUCCAUACCCCCAUGUACUUCCUGCUCACCCAGCUCAUGCUCAUGGACCUCACCCUAAUCUCCACUGCUUUUCCCAAGAUGGUCAUUGAUUUCUUCUCUGGACACAGUUUCAUCUCUCACAUUGGCUGUGGAGUCCAAAUCUUUCUUUACUUGAUGCUAGGAGUGGCCGAGUGUGUUCUUCUGACACUCACGGCCUUUGACCGUUACUUGGCCAUCUGCAAUCCCCUCAGAUACUCGGUCAUCAUGACCCCCAGAGUCUGUUUGCAAAUGGCCACUGGUUCAUGGGCUGGGGGUGUGCUUGUCUCCCUUAUGCACACAAUUUAUGCUAUGAAUUUCUCUACUUGUGACUCCAGGAAAAUUCACCACUUCUUCUGUGAAGUUAUGGCCCUUCUGAAGCUCUCUUGUGAGGAUACUUCAACCUAUGAGAAGGUAGUGUUGGCAUCUGGCAUUGUUUUCCUUCUCAUACCUUUCGGACUCAUCUUCACCUCCUACACCCUCAUCUUUCUCACUGUCUUCCACAUGAAUUCCCCUAAGGGCAGAAAAAAAGCCCUGGCCACCUGCUCUUCCCACCUCACUGUAGUGAGCCUCUAUUUUGGUCCAGCUAUGAUCAUCUACAUGACCCCAGGUUCCUCUCUCCUUCCAGAUGUGGACCAGCAUCUCUGUGUGUUUGAUGUUCUCAUCACCCCCAUGCUGAACCCCCUUAUCUACAGCCUGAGGAACAAGGAGGUAUUGGAGGCUCUGAGGAAGUGUCUAUGGAGAAAGCUGAUGUUUAUAGUGAAAAGAUGA